AUGAGCGAUGAUAGAGAAAAAGAACGAGAGCUAGAACUAGCCAAUAAAAAAUUAUUAGUAGCAUUAGGCGACAUACACCUUCAACUUUUAAGAAAUGUAGGAAAAAUAAUUCUUUUACAAUACCAUAGAAAAUUAUAUGACGAAGCCAAAACAAAAUUUAAAACCAUUAAAGCCGAGGAUAUUUCUGAGGAAGUUAGAAAAAAAGCAGCAGAAAUCUUUCAGACUUUUGUUUUGACUAACAAAAACAGCAAAGAAAUUUUAGAAAAUAUUGAUGCUGUAAAUAAAAGUUAUCCGGAAAUUGUCAGUGAUAGCGAUUGUUCCGAAGCCAAAGAAGCCGAGAAAGAAGCUUCUAUUUCUCGACCGGUGGAAUGGUUAAGUGAAUUUGCCGAAAAUCAAAAAAUGUGGUUUUUGGGUGAAAUUACUUUUACGACUUUUAGAGGUAUCGAGGAGAUGGAUAAAGGGGCUGAUUUGCCUCCUAAUUUUUACCCUUCUACUGGCGAAGAAUUAAAUUUUCUUCAAAAAAUCGUGGACGAGUUUCCUAAAAUUCUUGAUUGGGGCAAAAAAACAUACGAUUCUGGGGAGAUAGAAGACAUAGAAGCCAAAAUUCAAUGA